AUGAACCCUUCAAAAGCCUCGGAGUCGCAGAUGCCAGAUACGGCCUCUCGUUUCAAUCGCAAGAGGAACCGGCCUCAAAUGUCUUGUGUGCUCUGCAGAAAGCGAAAGGUACGCUGCGACAAGCAAAAGCCCAUGUGCACUGCGUGUGCGAGGGCCGGUGUUGAGUCGUCGCAAUGCGUGUACAACCGUGUGAACUGGGAGCACGUAAAAAGUCCGGAGAUUCGCCAAUUGGAGGGAAACCUCCGGAGUCUAGAGAAGGAGAAUAGCCUGCUUAAGACAAUGAUAGGAGAGGGAGAUCUCAAAAUGAGAUCGGAUCUAGAAAGCUUGAAAAGCCAAGUGGCGAGCCUACAGCGUUUGAUCAAUUUCACUCCACCAGCAACUGUUUCGCCAGUCACCAACCCUAACAUCGAGGAUAUUCCUCUGGACCUGGUUGGGCUGUACAGCCUGACGGAGAAGCGUUCACGAAUCAACUUCUUUGGACCGACGUCGUUCCGCUGUCUUGCCAGCAGAAAUUGUAUCUUAGAGAAGGUGUACAUGCCUUUCCAUAUGUUGUUAUCGAAAGAACGUACAGCAUGGAAGAAACGGGCUAAUGCCUCGCGCCAGAAACGCGAAUUCGAAGUUGCUGCUGGGCUUCCCAGUAGAUUCAUUUCUCCCAAAGAAUUGCUCCCAGAACUGGUGAAGAGACUGGAGGAGCAAUUGCCGUCUUUUGCUGUUUGUUAUGAACGACUGGCGUUCACGGUGCAGCGUUUUGGCAUUUACAACCCUUACAUUUCGCCGCAAAUGUUCUGGUCCUACUUUGGAGAGCACUUCCGUAGAAACGAAGAUGGCUCGGUAUCGAUUCCGAUGCCGGAGCAAUCUGUAAUGGCCAACGAGAUUGCCGUGGUGGUUUGCGCCAUACGAUUGGCUGUCUUUUUGGGAGGUGAGUCUGGUUUCAGCGAAGCCUACCGCGACGACGAGGACAAGCUGUUUACUCUGGCAACGUUUGCCUUGCAAGUGGGCUCCUUUAUGAAAAAGCAGUCAUAUCCGGUUCUUUAUUCGCUGCUGUUGUUGUACGAUACUCAGCUUAUCGACUCAGAACAAUCAGAUGGAGGUGACGGGGCAAACAUCACGCCGCUGGGCCAGUUGAUAGUCGUGAUGGCAAUUCAGUUGGGGUUGCACCGAGAUCGAUCCUCUAUUCCUUGUAAGAAGGUGAUCUCUGAAAAAGGUCCUCUGGUGUACUCUGAACGCGACAGGUGUACCCUUUGGGCCCGUGUUUUGGAGAUGGACUCUUUCACGUCCUUCAUUAUAGGGACUCCUCCAUUGAUCUCGGAUGAGUUCGUGAAUGCAGAAACGCACAAGCAUAUCCCUGAGUGUUUGGCAGACACUACGGCUAUCAUAAAGCGUGCUGCUAAUCUGUUCAAUUCAAAUAAGGAAGUGGCUACGUUGGGCAAGCUGAGAGAGAUCUUGGAGGCGCUCGAUUAUACCAUGUCCCGCAAAUUGCCGUCGUUUGCAACUCUGGUGGAAUUCGACCAUGAUGAUGUGGUCAAGAGAGACCAAAACGAUGCGAUGUUGCUCAACAAGCUGAAACUUCUUCUGGUGUCCACGGCUCUGUAUGAAUUUACGAGUUCUUUGUUGAUGGAUCACAAUCGCCCAAAAAUUAGCGACGACUUCACGCCAGAUCAAAACGACCAGUGGACUGCUUUGCACGCUUUCUACUGCAGCAAAUCGCGCCAUUUGAGUGUUUUAUGGUACACUCUGAUCAACAAAGUGAUACAGGUGUAUCAAAGAGGCUCUCUCGCUCGUCGUCAUGUAUUCAUCAAUCAGUUCCACUUCUUCAUCCAAAAGGCUUUAAUGAUUGCCCAUCUUUGCGCAUUUACAAGUGUGUCAGGUCAGCUAUUUGGACGCCCAAAACAGACGGCUGAUCCCUUCUACGAGCUAGACCGGUUCAGACUAGAGGAACUGGAGUCGGCGAUGUACCAUGCUGAACCGGGAUCCAAUCCGCCUGUUUUGGUCUAUAUCAACGGAAUCAGAGAUUAUGCCAGUGACCUGCAACUUUUAGGCCAAUUGUAUGGCAGAAUGGUUCGUUGUAAAAUAUUUCAGAACUAUGGGGUUUUUGUUCUAUACAGGAUGAUUUUGGUAUUUCAUUGCUUUAUAGCGCAGCAUGAUCAUCUGCGCCAGGGCAGAAUCGAUGAAGCUGCCGCAGAGGCCAAGUUGAUGAUGAUUGAGUUAUUGAGAGAUCACAAUGGGUGUUUGACCUCGUCAGUUAUUCCGUUUAGUAGUGUGAAUGAUGAACCAUACGAUAUAUCUGAAUGGGUGGAUGAAACCAAUUUUCUGGAUCUGUUUACGACCAUUGAUAUGAAUAUGGGAGAGGAUGGAAUUGUGACGGUUUGCGACCAGUUGAAGUGA